UUUCUUGCAGCGCAUGGUUUUGACUUCCUUCAUGUGCCUGUGGGACGCAGCGCACGAGGGGAGGUAAACGUAAAGAUAUCAUGGCAGAAGAAAGUAUCAUGUUUGAUGUUCUCGCAGUUCUUGGCCAGUCAAGUGUGUCUUUACGUGGCUUUGGGUCAACAUUUGAUUUCAUUUAUUGGAACAAAAUGAUACGUCGAUUCUUUAGGGUCGUCGAAAGGUAAGAAUUGCAUAUUGUUAUUGAAACCUAGAAUGCGUAGCUGCAAACCUCGUCUACUGCCAGCAGCACAGACUCGAGGCGUUUUCGCGGCAACAUGGCUGUUCGUUUCUGGUGUCCAGCAGCUCUUCGAAGUGCUACACCUCCACAAGCUGCGAGGAGCAGGCUCGGUGUUGUUCUUAAUAGCAGCAGCAGCAGCAGCGUCAUCUUCGGCUGGUGGAAUUCCCGGUGCGGCUAUAAUUUCGUCUGCAGCCCCGGCGGGGGGAACCGGGACCUUCACGACCACGAUUAGACGGACAGCGAGUCCAGCUGCAGCAGCUUCAUCUCAACAACACGGGUCCACCUUCUAUCCGUCUUUCAGCAGCACCAGCGGGACACAGCCACCAGGAGUUGCACCUUCAUCCCAGAAUUAUGCUGGACCGCCUCAACAGGAGCGUCAGCCGCUGUUGGGUGGAAGAACUCCUGGGGCAGCCCAAGGCGGAAGUGGCGGCGCGGCGUUAUUACCAGGUGGAGCUUCGUCAUCUCUGCCGCUUACCGGAAUAGUCGCGUCAACAAGGGCCGCUCCUGUCGCGUCACACGGAGGUGGAAAUAAACUUCCCGCAGGAGCUUACUUUACUUGGCAGCGUCCCGGCGCUGGAGUGUACACACCGGUUCCGCCUGCGGUUAACACAAGCCCUGGUCAUGGUGGUUCCAUCGCGGCUGCAGCUCCCAGCCAUAAUGCGCCCUAUCAUGCUGCAGGAGCAGCUUCGCCGAGCGAGGCAACUUCUACACCAUUCAGGACCAGUCGGCCACUUUUGGGACUACUUCAGAAUCCGCUGCUGCGCGGCCGCACGCCCGGCCCGCCGGUUGACACAACAACCUCAACAACGAGAAGCACGGCAAAGCCAGAUGAGGGGGGCGAACAUCCUCCCACCUGCGCGAUCUGCCUGUCCGAAACGGAGAACCUUGACUUCACGGGCGGUGCGGGGUGCACGCACCUCUCCUGCCCGGCCUGCCUGGAGCGCCUCGCCGAAAUCGCAAUCAAAAACCAGGAGCCGCUCGUCUGUCCCAUUUGCUACGCCGAACAAGUGAAGGAAAGCAAGAUGUCGAACAAUCGAGGACACCAUCAGCAAGAUGAAUCCUCGCCGAUGGGGGCAGCUUCGCAGUCAACCACAACACCGAGGACAGUGAGAACUACAGCCACUACAGGCGGUGCAAAUAACAGUAUGAGUAGUUCUAGUACUGGAUCCAGCCCAGUUUCGACGACGGGUGCGACGACGGUGACACCAACGGGAAAGUACGACGAGGAUUUUUUCCGGAGUCAAGAGCGGAUCAAGCAGAGACUGCAGCAAACGGGGUUCCGGGGAAACCUGGACAAGCAUGAACUGGAAAUCGCGCAGCGUUCCGCGGCCUCCCGAUACAUCAGGUGCCCGCGAAAGCACUGCCACGGCUGGAUCGAACUCGUAUUCGGCGUGCCAGAAGAUGGAGAUGGUGAAGACCACAGCGAAGAGGUACAAAUUAUAGGAGCAGGUCAGCGACGAAAAGCUAGAGAAGAUCAUGAUCGCAGGGCCAGGUGGAAUUGCGUCAGCUCGCGCUGCUUCUCCCGCUCGCAAGAGAAAUCGGACGACGAGGCGGGCGAGGAGCCGACCUUCACAGAAGAUCAUACGGGGCGGCUCGAUGCGGCCGAUAGUACAACUUCAACCGAUCCUGCGGUCAUAUUGUUCGACCACACAGAUGGUCAUGACGAUAUGUUGCUAUCGACAGGCGGUGGAGCCAGAAGUAGAGAAGCCAAGGAGAGGACGCAGGCAUCGAGGAAGAAAAAGAACUCGUCGUGUGGGCCGUUCGAUUGCUUGUUUAGUUGCGCCUCUGGCAAGGCCGACGAGUACGAGGACUAUGUUCUUGCGGACGUCGAAGAGGACGAAGGCGAAGCGAAGAGUUGUUCUUUCCGACGAGGAGCUGCGACCCCCUCGCUUCAGAAGCUGGAACUCGUUCCGUACCAGAGGCAGCGACUGUGGUGCGCCGAGUGCGGCUACAGUUUCUGUCCCUGCUGCAACCGACUCGAGCACCAAAAUUCCAGCAUGCGGUUCACACGGAUCAGUCAGUACCUCGCGAAAAACGGCCCGGCGAUGGAGCAAAUGGUUUCCCACGGCAUGUGCAGCCCGCACUCGCGAAUUCGGUAUAUAAACUUAAUUACGCCGUUUUUCUCGUAUGCUUGCACUCGCUGAAUUUGAUCGAUAUGACUGCGUAGUACUUUAUUUAAAAAAAUAAACAUAAAGUACGUACGAACAAUGAUCUUCAAAAAAAGGCACAUUCUACACGACGAAAACCUCGUCAACUAUAAAAAAUCACAUCCCCCCUCUCCUCGCAGGGCUGGCAUCGGGUGUUUUUCUACGAGCUGCCACACUCCGUGUUUCGUCGCCGGCUGGUGCUGUGGCUGCGCGCCCCCCCGGGCCAGCGACAGAAAGAAACCGCUCCCGUUUCGCCAGCGCGUGAUGUCCGCUGCGGGCCUUCGCCACGCGGUCGAGUAUGGGCGCAUGCACCUCGCGGAGUGGAACGAGUACUGGGUGCGCGACGCCGAAUGCGUGCUCGCGACCCUCGGGUCGCAGCCCAAGUGGAAGCACGCCAUCAGCCAGAAUGUGGCACGACAGCUACAAACCAGAUGGGGUAGUUCUACUUCAAGUGCAACAUCUUCUGGAGGUGGGGGUUUACCUCCACCUAGUGCAGCAGCAGCAGCAGGAGCUGGCCGAGCCAAUAGCGGUGGCGCGAGGACGUCAGUGACAUCUUUUUCAAGAAGUAAUGGCCACGACGAGGACCACGAACUAGAACUACACGGGAGUGAAAAGGACGCCGACAGCAGCGCCAGCAGUGAAGACAGUGACGACGAGCUCGCGCAAUUCAUGAGCAAGCGGCUAUCGAUCUACGACGAGGAAGAGGAAAAGGACCGGGCAGAUCCAGCCAACUACUCCUGCAAGUCGUUUGCCGAGAAGGAGAAAAAGUGGCGGCGCUGGGUGGCGAGCCUGCAAGAAACCGACGAAGACAUCAUGCGUGCGGUGCGGGAGUGGCACGCAGACGAAGCGCGGAAGGAACAGGUGUGCCGAUUGUGUCUAUGCAAUCUGCAAAACUACUUAUCGUACUUCGAGUGGAAACUGCGCGUUUUUCUUCGCAAAUUUUCUCAUAGAAGGACAGUGGCCGACUUUGUCAUGCUGGACAUAGGUGGUUAGACGUAGAAUUGGAGAAGAGGACAAGUUUAGAACAAACUAUCAGUGAUGUGCAUGUGAUGCAUGCGUGCAAGUAAGUAGUUCCCCACCACGAAGACGAUAUUACUUUUGCACAGCAUAUCGACCGAAUUGCGGAAGGCUCAUCGAGAGGCUGGAGGGGUGCGACAACAUGCGGUGCGGGGGUUCGGCCUACAGGCCAUCGAGCGUGAAGGGCGGCGUGGGGUGCGGGCACGCCUUCAAGUGGUCGGAGGCUAAGCAGUACCGGCGCAGGAAGCACAGCGACGGCGCGCCCCGGUUCGGGAUCUCGAGCGAGGCGGUGCGGCAGCACCGGAAAAAGUCCAUCUUUGGGCGGGAGCUUGACGCGAACAAGAUCAACCCCAACUUGCGGCUAUCCUGUGCAGAAGUAUCGUGCUCGACGUAGUAAUUGCAUUCAUGCAUUACAAAUCUCUUUCUCAAGGCAAAUCAGCAUUACAGAUUUAAAUUUGUAAUGCUGGAUUUGUACUAGUACGAUGCUUGUUUUGCAUUGCAUAGCGGCACUACGGAUACAAAAAGAGCAAGAUCGACAAACAGAGGCUGGAUCCCAACAACUACCAGAUCCGGUGUCGCCAGUGUCUGCAGCCCGUUGUGGUAUCAACUGCAAAAAUGUCUGGGUCUGGAAGAGUUGGAGCUUGUCAUGCACAUUUUGCAUGACCCGUGAAGUCUAUGAUGCUGGUGCUAGCAUCACAGAUCUUUUGGGAGCUUCAUCUUGAUGCUAAUUACGCAUGAGAAAUGCCCUCUCUGUGUGCCAAGAGCUGACUCCUCAUGCUGCUCAUGCAACACAGACACUUUUAGGAUUCGCAGACAGCAUUACAAGUUCCACUCUUCCAGACCCAGACAUAUUUGCAUUCCAUAUGUGGGCCCGCUUUUCCACUGUUUGAACUUCCCCAAGUUCACCCAGUUCUGUUGCUUCGAUUGCGUGGUUAUUCUGGUGAAGUCCCCCGACCCAGACCCGGGAAGUGCUGUCGCGCUAGACCCGGGGCAAGUCGUCUUACGAAAGGACCACUGCUUCGAGGUGUUUUUCCAAGAGUUUGGGUCGAUCCUGGAGGCUGAGGAACGACGCAUGCGGAAAAUUACGAAGCGCAAACACCUGGAGGAUUCAUCGGAGUUGCACUGUUGCGUCUGGCGUUGGUCCAACUCGUGCACGGCAGGCCACGGCCUCACUCCGUGUUACGCGCCGCACAAAGUUACUACUUCGUAGUAGUUGUCCUAGUCGCGGCUCCUGAUCAAUGCUAAAGUUGUGUAGUACCAGCACAAGAACUUCUACUUGCUUGUUCCCAUUUUUUUUUUUCGACAAACAAUUUGAAGGUACCGCUUUCCUUUCGCCGCUGCUUGUGCAUACAAAUGAAAUAGACUGCGUAAAACUAGUUAUCAUUUGAAAAUUUUACUGUUUUUGUUUUGGUUUCAUUACAUAUUAUUUUUCACGAGAAUACAGCUUUUUGUUUUUGUUUUCCUGGAUCAAUGUAUAAAAGUAAAUCGUCCGCUGGACCGAAGAACAAGCCAUUCUCAUUCACCAGCGCGCAGCUGAUGUGCCGUCUGCGAAAGAGAGCUCCUGGAAAGUCUGCUGCGGGACUGUGGCUCGUGGGUUCGCGGAUUGAUUUUUGGAAAGAACCUAGAGAAUACAGUUUGAAGACAAGUGUCGUGACGAUUGCACUUAACAUUCGUUAUAUUGGUAUGUAUUUGAAUACGGAGUGUAAGUGUUAUGAUACUCUUUUUGCCGCUCUGGAAAUCGAAAUUCAAAAUAUGUCAGUCUGCUCUUUUCUCUGCUGGUUUGCGAAAAAGAAAAUCGUCACAGAUAUUAUUAGGCAGGAGUGGUUGCGCCGCUCAUGGCACCAUCGCGAAACCAAGUUAUCUCCAACUUCCCACGAUCUUACACCUAGGCCUCAAGACGACGGACUGGGAAAUAAAAUCUUCAGAAACAUGCGCGGAGAGGAAACAUUUUGCGACUGUCGCGCCGUUUGAUGACGUUGUAGAGAUGUCCUGGUGGAGCUGCAGCACGAUCAUCAUUGUGAAACAGAU